AUGGCAUUUCUGAAGGGUGAGAUUACCUUUGUCUUCUCCCUGUGGGCUUCCCUCCUUUAUGUAGCACUAAUGUCCCUUCCACUGGGGGCAGAGGCACCAAAAAGAAGCCAGUACAUCUGGAAAACAGGUGUAUGGGGUGUAUGUGUGGCCAAUGAUUGCGGUUCGGCUGGGCUCCAGAGUCGCUCGGUGUGGUGUGUCCAUUCUGAAGGCUGGAGCACGCAUCAGUCCAAUUGCUUUCCAUCUGAUCGCCCACCGCACCAGAGAGUGUGUGUGAAGAUGUGCGAGUGGCAAAAGGAUCUGUUUGAGUGGCGCUUGUCUCCUUGGGGCCCCUGCACCCUGAGUCCUCUCCUCCCAGCCAGUCGAUGUGUGACCGCUCAGCGUGGAGUACAAAGCCGAGAUGUGGUGUGUGUGAAGCGUACCAAUGGCACCACAGUGAGCCAGCAUGUGUGUGAAGCAUUUUCUGCAGUGCCGGAAGGAGAACAGGCAUGUUUGUUACCCUGCCCAAUCGACUGCGUCGUCUCCGCCUUCACCCACUGGUCCACCUGCAGUCGCACCUGUGGGUCGGCCCUCCAGCAGCGCACCAGACAUGUGCUGGCAGCGCCCCUGUAUGGAGGAGCAGACUGUCCCAGCCUCACCCAGACACGUCCCUGUAACCAUGAGAAAGCCCACCCUGCCCUUUGUCCCUCCGACCAGCAGGAAUACAGUUAUAGUUUAUGGGUGGGGCCCUGGAGCCCUUGCAGGCUUAAAGGGACAGCGCCUGUUGGAAAAACGACAGUGGACUUUGGUUUUGGGCUUGAAGGGAAAAAAACAGUCAAAGCUUCAUACACCAUCAAACACUAUGCUGAGAUUAAUUACCAUCAAAAUCAUUAUGAUGAAAGAGGCCACAAAGUAUCCUGGGAAAUCACCAUUGGCUAUCAGACUCGGCAACUGCGCUGUACGAGGAGUGAUGGGAAGAAUGCCAUGCUAAGUCUUUGCGACCAUGACAACAGCCUAGUGAACUUUCGUUCAUGCGUGAUGCCCAGAGACUGUAAAGUGUCUGAUUGGUCACAGUGGAGUCCAUGUUCAAAGACGUGUCGGACAUCUGACCAAUCGCCUGGCUUCAGAAUCAGGAGCCGCAGCCUGCAGAGAGCAGCCAUUGGUGGAGGAGAGCCAUGCCCCGCCCUGGAGGAAAAAGCUAACUGUAAUGUUUUGGAAGACACUCUGCCACUGUGCCCAAGGUUUGAGUGGAGGGUGACCAAUUGGAAACCAUGCCAGGUGACCCCACUUUUGAGUCAGCAGGACCAUCGCCAUAACAAUAGCAGCAUUCUGUGUGGACGUGGGAUCCGGACCCGAGAGGCAUAUUGUGUCAGGAUCCAUGACAACACAGUACCAUCCCAAAUCAAUCGGCCUGUUGGCAGGAACUUGUGCACUGGGCCUUUACCGCUAUUGGCUGAGUCUUGCUUCAUUCCCUGUCAGAAACAUUGUCCCCUCACGCCUUGGUCACCCUGGGGACCCUGUCUCCAUGACAACUGUUUGGAACCUCAAGGAAGAAGAGGUUUCAGGGUGAGAGCUCGUUCUGUAAUUAAUGAGUCUUGGGUGGAGUCUGACAGUUGCCCUCACGUCAGCGAAGCGAUGACCUGCGAUGACCCCGUCUGCUUCCAGUGGCGAGUGACAUCACAGGGGCCCUGUGUUUCGCAAAAUGGAUCGUGUGGUCCAGGAUUCCAAGAACAGACUCUGGAGUGUUUGAUCGCCACAGGUGAUCCAGUCCCUAAUGAUCAGUGUUCAGGAGAUCCUCCUCCAAUCCGGCAGACAUGUGAGAUGCCCUGUCCUUGGGACUGUGUACUGGGACACUGGAGCCGCUGGACUUCCUGUUCCCAGUCCUGCUCCAAUAAACACCAAGAGGGAAAACAAAGUCGCUCACGUCUUGUUCUGGCUCUUCCUGGAAAGUAUGGAAAGCCAUGCCCUCCGGCCCCUGAGCUUGAGCAAUGGCAGACCCACCGCUGGCAUCAGUGCAUUCUGGUAGCUGAUUCGGUGAGGCAGGCUGUGGGUGGGCCCGCAGAGGCAUGCGGUAUUGGCCUAGAGACAAGAGAGGUAACGUGUGUUGGUGCGGAUGAUUCUCCAGCAGAUAUGACAGACUGUGUGAGGUGGGUUGGACUGAUGCCCGUCCCGGUGAGGGAAUGCCGUAUGCCAUGCAGAGAUGAAUGUAGCUUCACGUCCUGGAGCAGAUUCAGCCUGUGUCAAGGUUGUGGAAGUUGGCGCACUCGUUCCCGAUCUCUGAUAGGUCGUAGUAAGAAGCACUGGAGAUGCCAACAGGAGGAGUCGUUUCCUCUGAUGGAGAAAGAAGCCUGUCCUUGUUCUGAAUAUCACACCCAGCCUCAGGGUCCCUGGUCUCCUUGUUUGCUCUCACCAGCAAAGAACAUUGCUGGCCAUCCUUUCAUCCAAGGAGUUUCCCACCAAAGCCAAAAAGCAGUCCAGGGCUGGCGAGCUCAGAGGAAGAACAGCGAGUGUGGGCACGGAAAGCGUUUCAGAGCUCUUGCCUGUCUAGAUCACAUGGGACGAUUGGUGGAGCCAGCUCUCUGCAGCAGCCCUGGAUUUGAAGAGGAAUCAUGUCAUGUACCCUGUUCUACGGACUGUAAGCUGAGUGAGUGGUCGAAUUGGUCCGCCUGCAGCGCCUCCUGUGGUGGGGGUGUAAAAGUUCGCUCUCAGUGGCUACGAGAGAAGCCUUUCAAUGGAGGUCGACCCUGCCCAAAACUCAAUUACAAAAAUCAGGCUCAGGUGUCUGAGGUACUGCCCUGUUACUCUGACUGCAGUCAGUAUGUGUGGGAAGUGGAGUCCUGGUCCAUGUGUGUGCUAAACCCACCAAACAAUCUCACGAACGCUGAACCGCCCCAGCCUGUGUGCGGAGAGGGCUUCCGGACCGGCAAAAUCCGCUGCUUGAAAAGGGGAGGAGAAAACCAGGAUGAGGUUGUGGAUGACUCACUGUGUGACCAGGAGGAAAAGCCAAUCACAGUCGAGACCUGUCUACUGCCGUGCCCCGCCCACUGUGUGACAUCAGAGUGGAGCCAGUGGACCAAAUGUACCGUGGAUUGUAAUGAGGGUGAUUUGAGGUGGAGGAGUAGAAGUGUCUUGAGGUGGCCAGAAGGAGAUCAUACCUGCCCUGAUCUAAACCAGACUCAAGCCUGUAUCAAUAUGACCUGUCUCAAAUACGCCUACGUUUACUCAGACUGGAGCAGCUGUCAGCUCAGUGAAAAUGCAGUAUGCGGCCGUGGGAUUAAGACCAGACUCCUGAACUGUGUCCGCAGCGACGGGAAGAUGGUGGAACUGAGCACGUGCAAAGAGUUGGGUCCUUCGCGUGGAAAGCUCUCUGCCCCCUGUGAGGUGGGCUGCCCCGUUAAUUGCCUGAUUACAGAGUGGUCCACCUGGUCAGAAUGUUCACACACCUGUGGAAGCCAAAGCCAAAUGACACGAUCCAGGGCUGUUUUGCAGCCUGCCGGUGAAGGGGGUCGUCCCUGUCCAUCUCAGCUCUCCCAGACUCGCCCCUGUCCCAUCAGGCCGUGCUACAGCUGGAUACUGGGGGACUGGAGAGCAUGCAGGGUGGAGGGGGCCGACUGUGGCGAGGGAGAAAGUCGGAGGGAAAUAUCCUGUGUAGUGCACUGGGGUUCUCUUUCAGGUCCUCCUCAGUCCGUUCCAGUAGAGGAUAAAAUGUGUGUGGGAAAUUCACAGAGCAGAGUCAGCGAGAUGGAGUUACCGCAGCCCUGCACAAUCCCUUGUCCAGGAGAAUGUCACCUAACCAAAUGGUCACCAUGGAGUUUGUGUCAGCUGCUGUGUUUGGAUGGGCGGAGUUUUGAGACAUGGGGCCGACAGGCUCGAUCUAGAGCCAUAGUCACGCAGGUCCCGGAGAACCAGGACACCUGUCCCAGCCAGAUGUAUGAGACACGACCAUGCCGAGGAGGAACGUGUCUUAGUUAUGAAUGGAUGACUGGUGAAUGGAGGCAUAACCGUAGACUGGUGUGGUGCCAGCGCUCUGAUGGUGUCAAUGUCACAGGAGGCUGCAUUGCUCAGAACCAGCCCUCAGCCAUACGACAGUGUCACCCUCCCUGCACCAAACCCUUCUCCUUCUGCACACAGAAUGGAGUCUGUGGUUGUGAGAAGGGCUUCACGGAGGUCAUGACCUCUCACGGGUUCCUUGACUACUGUACCAGAAUCCCAGGGCUGGACCAUAAGAAGGCAGAUGUAAAGACCACCGCAGGCCGUCUUAGACCAGAGCACGCCCGGAACAAGAACCACAUUAAGGACUGGGCACUGCAGCCUCUUGGACCAGAUGGUCGUGUCAAGUUGUGGGUAUAUGGGCUGAUGGCGGCCGGGUUUGUCGUGAUCCUCCUCCUCAUCAUUAUGUCCUUCCUCCUGUGUAAAAACCCGAAGGACAGUCCCAGCAGCAGUCCACAGAAGGCACUGGCUCUGGCGUAUGAUGGGGAUGUGGAUAUGUGAGCCCACCAUGAGCAUGCAAUGCUGAAACACUCUCAAAACACACGUCUGGCAUCCUUCAGACCACAACAUAAAUGUUUACAGCAGCAUACGAGCUGAGCACGACAAUGAGCCAGACCAGAGACAGUGCUGAAUGGAUGUUUAAAAAGCACACAAACUAAACUUGAGGCUGUCUGGAGAACUUGAGAGAGUUGAGGAACUGCACAGAGGAAAAUGUCAUACAGCCAAAACAGAAUGUGGCAUCAUGUCCACAGUACCAUAGCGUGUGUGUGUGUGUGUGUGUGUGUUCAUUUAUGAGGGUGCCCAUUAUGAGGAAAUAGUUCUGUUUGUGUUAAAGGAAUUGUUCGCUCAUAAAGGGUUUUUACAUUUAGUCAUUUUUUUCAUCCCCUUCUUUCAUUCCAAAUCUGUAUGACUUUCUAUCUUCUGUGAAACACAAAAAAGAGAAUUUCUUUUUAAUAGAGCCAGUUGUAUAAACUACUUUUUUAGUCCUUUUUGAAAUCCACUUUCAGUGUAAAUGCAUGAAAAAGAGCUACCAGAACAUCCUUAAAAACAUUUAAUUAAAAUUAUUUG